AUGUUCCUCACGGUCAAACUGCUCUUGGGCCGAAGAUGCAGCCUGAAGGUAUCUGGAAAAGAAAGUGUGGCCGCACUCAAGAAACUGGUUUCUCAGCACCUGCAGGUGCCGGAGGAGCAGCAGCACCUGCUGUUCCGAGGCCAGCUCCUGGCUGAUGACAAAUACCUCUCAGAUUACAGCAUUGGGCCCAAUGCCUCCAUUAAUGUCAUCAUGAGGCCUCAAGAGGAUGUAGCGCUGGAUAAGACCCAUCAAACCCAGCCCUUGUGGCUCCAGCUGGGCCAGGUCCUAGACAAACAUUUUGGACCAAAGGAUGCAAAGACAGUGCUGGGGUUUUUGAGGCAAGAGCACGAGGAGCGUCUGCAGAAGCUGAGCCUGGAGGCCCUGGAGCAGUUGGUGGGCCAACUCCUGGCACAACAGCAGCUUGAAGAGCUGGAAGAGGAAAAGGAAGCCCUUGCUGUUGCAUCAGAACUCCAACAAAAUGGUGAAGGAGGAGGAGGAGGAGGACAGGAGGAGAAGGAGGAAAGGAGGAAGAAGAGAAGGUUGAGGAGGAAGGAGGAGGUGGCUCAUCCUUCUCUUGCUCACUAA